AACCCAUUGGCUCCGUUCAAUAUAUCUUCUACUUCUUCAAUCACUUUCUCAUUACCAGAAUUCAAAUGCUCUCAACAACCCCCUCCUCUUCUCUUUGACUUUGACUUUCUGCUACUCCUUCGAAUGUUCUCCACCAACACCAACGCAACCUCUCUCUUCUUCCCUUCUUCAAACCCUACAUCCAUCUUCCGAGCUCGCGCCUCCGCCGGAGACCUCUCCUUUCCUCGCUUCUUUCACUCCCUCGCUUCCGCCGCCGCCGUCGCCGGCGGUCUAGGAGCAGCUGGAGGAGGAGGAGCCUCGGACGAAGUCACUGGCGGAACAGCAGCGAGGCGCGGUGGCGGGAACGAAGGGAAGAUGAGAGUGAAGGCGAAGGAAAAGAAGUGGUCUCGGAAUAGAGAGAGUUAUUUGUGGGACAACACUGAUCCUCUCCCUCUUCCCAUGACUUACCCUGAUUCCUCCCCUGUUUCCCCCGAUGAAAUCGAUAAGCGCCUUCAAUGCGAUCCCAAUCUUGAGGAUUGUAAAGAGGUGGUUUAUGAAUGGACUGGGAAGUGCAGAAGUUGCCAAGGUUCAGGAUAUGUAAACUACUAUAACAAAAGAGGGAAAGAGGUUAUGCAAAUGCAUUCCUUGCAUGGGAAUUGUCAAGUUGGCCUCACUCGUCCGCGUAUUUCAUUUGCAGGAUAUGUGCAGAAGAUAACAGCUCGCAAGGACAUCGACGUGAUGGAGGAUUAGGAUAAUGGAAAACCCUGUAGUAGAAAAAUGUCAACAAGCUUUCUUGAUUUCCAAUACAGCCUCUCAAAGAGGAAGUACCUGAGGAAGCCGUCACGGAUGUUCUCGAGGGACAAACAAAACUCGGGUUUGAAGGCUGUUUUCCAGCCUAAUGUAGAUGAGAUGAAGCAGGUGUUUGACAAAUUUGAUUCCAACAGAGAUGGGAAAAUUUCUCAGCAGGAGUACAAGGCCACCCUGAGAUCUCUGGGCAUGGAGAACAUGGUUCAAGAGGUGCCAAAUAUUUUCCGGGUGGUCGAUCUGGAUGGAGAUGGAUACAUCAACUUCAAGGAGUUCAUGGAGGCUCAGAAGAUGGGUGGUGGGGUUAGGACGAUUGAUAUACAGAGCGCAUUCCGGACAUUUGACAAGAAUGGUGAUGGGAAGAUAAGUGCAGAAGAAAUUCAAGAGAUGCUGAGGAGGCUGGGAGAAAGGUGCAGCCUUCAAGACUGCCAGAAGAUGGUGAAAGCGGUGGACACCGAUGGAGAUGGCAUGGUCAACAUGGACGAGUUCAUGACCAUGAUGACUCAGUCUAGGAGAGUUGCUUAGAUGCUUAUGGUUAUCAUGUCUUGAGGUUGAUGUUAGGAGCAACUCAAUAAAAACCAUAUGCCUUUGUUGUGCAUGUUUAUGUACAAAAAAUAAAGCUGGACCUUAGUGUUUGUAGUAUGGUACAAUUACACACGUAUAGAUUGUUGAAGGUAUCCAACGAAAAUUGGCACAUAUAGAUGAGGAUUUAUAUUUUUAA